AUGUUGGAGAGAAGACAACCGAACCACUCGAGACACCAUCAGAUGCCAGCAAUGCUUCCGAGCCAGCGUCAGAUUCUGCCGCCGAAAGUGCCGUCAGCUGCAGGAGAGGAGUCGUCAGAGACAUCGUCAGACACUGCAGCAUCGACCCCCGAGGAUCCCUCUCCAGAGAAGGAACUGUCGUCAGGUGAAGCAGCAGAAAUGGAUCUCCUGCCUCCCGGCUGGCAGGAGUUCAUGAAGUUUGGUCGAAUCACAAAGAAGUUUCUGGAAGACAGGAGGUUCAGCAGCCACUACAAGGAAGGGGUCUUCAGCUGUGACGAUCUGAUCCACCUGCUGGAGGAGCUGCUGGUGUUUGCCAGGCUGUGGAACGAGGAGGGUCCAGAGACCUGGUUCAUGCCGAGCGUCCUCCGACACAUCUCUGCCAGCGACAUGGAAAAGAGGUGCUCGUCAGCCGGAGCCCUAGUGGUGGACUUCCCCGACGGUGGUCCCCAGAGUGGCGUCUUCUGCUCCCUCAUGUCCCACGUCCUCUCUCCUGAAAACCACAGCCCCUACUCCUGGAAGCUGCAUCUCUCGUCGCAGGAGCCUUCGUGUCUGUAUCGCGACUGCAUCCAGUUCGAGGUCCCCAAGUAUCCCGGGUCGGUGACCUUCGUUGACCGCUACGAGUACUUCGAGGUUCACGUGUUCACCUCAAAGACCUGGGAGAAGGAGCUGUGGGGGCACGUGAGAAAGGCUGUCUUUGGUGGGAUCGAGACCGUGGACGAGACUCUGGGCUACUCCGACAACACGCCACGGCCGGCAAUCGUGUGUCCGAGAACCCACACAGACAGACCACACCCAGCCUACAUCCAGGACAAGGAGUGGAUCUGCACCAGCGACACCAAUCAAUUUGGAGACCUGACCUCCCAAUUUCUAUGGAAUCAAACUCCAUGCGAACCCUCUCAGACCUCCUCAGCCUCAGUAACUACAGGUGAUGCUACUACUGCAGAACAAAGGGCACAUGAUGAGUCAUCUGUGGAAUCCUCGACUGCUGCAACAUCAAUUCCUUCUGCAAGUGAUGCUCCCCUUCCUGCCCCUCCCACUCCAGAGACAAAACCACUUGGCAUCAAAGAUCUCUUCAGUGUCUGCUCUGAACUGGUGCGAGUGGCUCACAAGUGGAAGAAGGUGGGACUGGCUCUCAGACUGGACCCUGAUCUUCUCGACAGAAUUGAGGCAGAGAAAAACGACAUCAAAAACAACUUGUUAGACACGCUGAAAGAAUGGUUGAAGAAGUCGUAUGACACAGAGAGUUUUGGGGAUCCGUCAUGGAAACUGCUGGUGGAUGCAGUGGCUCAUCCUUUUGGAGGCGAAGACCGUGCCCUUGCCAUGGAGAUUGCUGCCAAAUACAAUGUGCCACCUCCACAAUAGCUGAACCAACCUCCAUAUUGAACAUACCGGUAUCUUCACACAUUAUUAUUGGCUGGCAAAGCGAGCCUACACCUUGUCAUUUAUAUCAUAUCCAAUUUUGUCCCACUGAAGAAUGUGAAUGCAGUGAAACAUCAUGUGCAGCAGUUGCGAGGUCACAUUCUAAUAGACUUACUUGUGUUAUCUCGCCAGAAAGCUCGUUCCUAAAGUUUGACUUCACCUCAGCUCUUGAAAACCUAGUUGUAAAAAACACUACCAUUGGAAUUUCCAGAAACCCCAUCAGUCUAAAGUUUGCUGUGUUCCAAUAACAAAAGUGUGAGGUACAGGGUACUUGUAUAAACAGUUUACACAAUGACUUCC